CCCCCCUGGCCUACGAUGGAGCCAGAGGCCGCACAGGACAGCGACGCGCCCGUCGCGCGCUGUCCGGACGCGCCCAUCGAAUCGACGGCGCCGCUGUAGUUGCCCUUACGCUGGCCGCUCGGCCAGUUCCCGCCGGGACGUCAAGUAGUUUCGGCGCCCUUUGAAGGCGACGUAAAAGCCUUAUAGUUAAUUAUUAAUGUGGACAAAGAAGCCAAGAAUCCUGACUCCGAAGACGGACUGUGCGCGAUUGAAAGUAUGGCAAAGAAUUUUAUAUUUCACGCGCGAAAUUCCAGUCUAUGCCUGUCGCAAAUAAAUGACAGGAAUAACGUUGAAUUUUAGGAGCUUCCCUGGUCGUGGGAAAUAUUGGAGCCAAGCUCUCAAGCACCUCGCAAAGGAUUGACAAUCAAGAACGAAACAAAUGGUGACCUGCUUCACGACGAAAUAUUCCUAAAUAUAUGGACUGAAUUCUUCGCCGACGUGCCGCCGGUCGACGCUCCGUUGCUAACCACCGGACUCAAUUCCGCGCAACUGCCAAUGCUUGCAGUCCGUCUUAGUCAAACUUUUUCGGUCAAUGUAUCGAGUAUGUUCCUACUGGAGCACCCGACGAUUCGCCAAAUAGCGAACGCGUUGGAAGAUCUACUCUCAGAUUCGCCCAAGACAUCUGAUGCUCCGCAUGUCUCUGUUGCGCAGACAGAGUCUCAAAAGAAUGUAUCUCUGGGAAAUAUCGUAUUUCACGCGCCUGGUUCGAUGCGGACACCGGCCAGUUUUCGGUUCUCGGUAGAACGCGGCUUGAAUUUUGGCUCGCGCGUGCCGCUGAAUCGAUGGGACGUGUCGAAUACAACUCGCGCCUCGGCGACGUACGGAAACUUUGCCGAGGAUAUACUCACUCUCCCGCACGGCGAUUGGAAGAUGUCCAAGUCUGAACUACGAAAUGUGAAUCCGGUACAACUGCUCUUGCUCGAGGCAUCACAUUCUAUGUUUGCUGGACGUCACAAAGCUGACAAAAACGUGGGCAUAUUCGUUGGACUCUUCACGAGCUUGCUGACGCCCGGUAGUUCUACCGCCGCCCCGUCGCGGGAACCGCUCGGCAUCUACGAAGGCACCGCCAACUCUACGUCGAUAGCUUCUGGCCGUAUCUCGUACGUGCUGGGCUUUACGGGUCCGUGUCUCCCUGUCGAUACAGCAUGUUCCGCGUCGCUAGUGGCGACUCAUUUGGCCGCGACCUCACUGCGGCAAAACGAGUGCAGCAGCGCGGGCGUCGUGGCGGGCGGCAUUCUCGAAACAGGCUUGCACGCCGCAUUUAGCACAGCUGGUAUGCUCUCCGAAACUGGACGAUGUCAUUCCUUCGAUGGUCGUGCGGAUGGAUAUUCCCGCGGCGAGGGUUGCGUGGGCUUCGUGUGCGAUACGUCUGAAGACGGCCCAUCGUUAAGAGGCAGUGCUGUCAAGCAAGACGGACCAAGCGCGAGUCUGACAGCACCGAAUGGUGCCUCUCAGCGGAUGCUCCUUCAGAGAGUUUCUGAAAGCAUAGGAGCCGGGCACGACGUAGUAGCUCUCGAAGCUCACGGCACUGGCACAACGCUCGGAGACCCGGUCGAAAUUGGCGCAGCGAGUGCCGCACUUCGUGGCUCAACAGUCGCGUGCACGUCGAUCAAAGGGAACAUUGGGCAUCUCGAGGCGGCCGCCGCAGUCAUCGGUUUGAAUUCGUUGCUCCUAUUUCCUCUGUCUUCUAUGUUGAAUGCUCCUCUCUGCACCUUGCGAAGUAUCAAUUCGCAUCUCAAGUCUCUGAACUUGAACGCGUUUUACUUCUUGACAGGACUGGCAAACUUAUAGACCUCGGCAAAGAGUCCGGCAAGUUGUGGGCGAUUGAGCUCGUUUGGUUAUAGCGGAACUAUUGCGCACGGGGCACUCGAAACUUGCAGGUCGGAGUGUAGGACAUUUAUUCGAUCGGCCAAGUCGCUCUACCGUAGCAGGCACAUUGUCGCUCCGCGAGCUGAAGUGCCAACGCGGCUGACUUGGCUCGCAGAAAAACCGAAUAAUUUCAGUUCCCCGGUCAAUGACACGGUAGUCUUUUCAGGAGUACUCACACCGUCGGCCGAACUGCUCUUCUCGGACCACGUCGUCGGGGGAAACAUCCUUUUCCCGGGCGUCGGGUACGUGGAAGUGGCGUUCGCCGCUAAUCUCGAUCGAGCUUCGGUUCUGACUGCUGCCGCAUUUGUGAGGCCAUGCAUGCUGCCAAACCCUCGCUUACGAACCUCGAAGCGGUGCGAGUUGCGAUGUACGCGACGGGAGACGGGAGGUAUUGAGAUAGCUAGUCGGGUCACGGGCUCAUCCACAGAAACCAGUUUUGCCUCAUGCUUUGUUGGAACUCUCGCGAGCUGUGAUGAUGCCUCUGGGGUCAAAGCAGCUGCAAAUCCCUUCAUGAAGAGGGAAUACGUUGCUUUGGCCAACCAGGAUAUUGAUGCAUCUCCUUCUACAUGCGCCUCGCUAUCAGAUGCAGUGCGCUCGUUACUGCCCUGCUGGCUUCAAUGCUCAAAGCUCUCUGAGAUCACCAACUUGAUAGGCUCGAAGCAGGUUGUUUCUAUGUGCGCAUCAAUGGUCAAGGGGUCUAAUUGGUGUCGCGGUGGGAGAGCUAUCGUUGAGAAGCUCUUGAUGCGUUUGGGACUAACCGAUUCUGGAUCUCGUUCAACGCAGCAGAACAGCAAGUCUCAAGCAUACUUGGACAAACGCAGGGCAUUACGACUUUGCAAUCCUCUGCAGUCACACGCUUUACCAUAGUGGAGCACGAACCCGGCUAAUCCACCCCCGAUUUGCAGAAACGGUUUGACACGGAGGUCCACGUGCUUCCAAGAUAUUGCUCUCACGAGGCCGGGACGGUCAAGACCUUUGGAGCCGCGUUCCAUCAACAAUGAUUUCCAACGCAAAUAGAACAUAGUACGAACUAUUUCCGAUCACAAAUCAGCUGUCCAAAUCUAGCGUACUCGUUCGCGUGACAGCCUACUCCAAGAGCUGACCCGCAUUGCCUCAGAUAUCAUCGGCACAAAAGUCCCUAUUGACUCUCCCUUGAUGUCUGUUGGCCUCGACUCUAUUGCUGUAACGGAUUUUUCGACGCGAGUGAGUGAACAUCUAGACCAGGAGCUUCCUUAGACUCUUGUCUUUGACCACCCGACGCUGCGGUCGAUUGCUGACGCUCUGCUAAUAAAUGAUGGCGAGCCGUAGCCUGUAAUGGAAAAUAUCGAGCCAGUCGCCGUUUAGCAGAGGAGGGAAGCAUCUAUGGUAUCCCACAGAACCAUGCAAAAUGCGUCUGCCGUCAUUGACACUACCUCAGCGGCGGUAUUGGAGGUUUUAGGGACCAAAGUCACGGUAGAUACGCCCCUCAUGUCGGCAGGGCUAGAUUCAAUCGCAGUGACCGAUUUGGUGAACGUGCUAUCUAAGCGUUUUGAGAUAGAAUUGCCGCCGACGCUCCUGUUCGACCAUCCGACAAUCGGAUCUGUGGCGACUCAUAUUACCACAUUAUUACCGAUGGAAAUAUCAAAAGAGUCCGUGGUCGAAACGCGAGAAGGAACUUUGACUCCAGCCAUAGCAGGCGCAAUAGUGGCUCAUCCGGCUGCUCCGCAAGAUCAAGUAUUCCUUUCAUCGCAUCGAAUGCGCUUUACGUUACCAGGCGCAUGUUGUGAUGCACUUGGGCUCAGAGAACUUGGUCUUCGAGCGUGGUCAACUAACUCUCACUGGCCUAUCUCACGUUUAGCGGGAAUUGAAAGUCCAACGUCGACAGCUGCCUACGGGUCCUUCCUGGCACCCGAUGCGUUUGCGUCGGACGCGGCGUUCUUCGGAAUUUCCAGGACGGAGGCUCGGGCUAUGGAUCCGAUGGCGAUGCUGGUGCUCGAGACUACCUACGGUGCACUCAGCUCUACCUCUCGCGCCGACCUCGCAAACAAGCCUAUUGGUUUUUUCCUUGGGUCGUGUGGAUGGACAGGAGGUCAAGAAAAUGCGUCAAAAAUUCCGAAGGCAACGUCGGUGUAUUCAGGGACCUCCGGCGCGCUGUCCGUGCUGUCCGGUCGCCUCUCGUACACGCUGGGCCUGACGGGCCCGUGCCAGACGACCGACACGGCCUGCUCGUCGUCGCUGGUUGCCGCGCACCAGGCGGUCUCGGCCCUGAAGCUCGGCGAGAGCCCGGCGGCGGCGGUCGCGGGCGUCGGCGUGCUGACAGUGUCGGUGUCGGUGGCGUUCUCGGCAGCGGGCAUGCUCUCGGCGCUCGGGCGCUGCCACACGUUCGACCGGCGCGCCGACGGGUACUGUAGGGGCGAAGGCUGCGGGGCGUUCUACUUCUCGACCGAAGCCGACGACGUCGCGGUGUCCGGGACGGCGGUGCAGCAGGACGGGCCGAGCGCGAGCCUCACGGCGCCGAACGGCACGUCGCAGCAGCGGCUCAUCGAAGCGGUCAAGGCUGGAAGUGGACCAUCGCUGGAGGCUCACGGCACGGGCACGGCGCUCGGGGACCCAAUCGAGGUAUGUGCUUACUUCUUAUUUCUCUGAUAAUUUUUGCGUCAUUGUAGGUGGGCGCUGCGACGCGGGCGUUGUGCAAGUCGACAGAACAUGGUGCCGCAGUGAUCCAGUGCACGUCGCUGAAGUCGAACGUGGGCCACCUGGAGCCGGCGGCAGCGGCAGCGGGCCUGGCGUCGCUUGUUGUGGGGCCGCUGAUGGAUUCGGUUGUUGCUGUUAACGCGCAAUUGCGCGGGUACGUCUCCUGUGUUUUUUACAUAGUUGUCGCUCACAUUCUUAUGUAGGCUGAACGCGCACCUGUCGUCUAUCGUGUCGUCGAAGCCGUUCCAGAUGCCUGUUGACGUAGCUCCACGUACCACAGCUCUCAGCGGUUCGCGACUGAGCUCGUUUGGAUUUAGUGGAACCAUCGCCCACGGCGCGUUCAAGCUCGGAAGACAACGCGUAUCAAUGAGCAAUGAUUCGAAGUCGCUCUACCGUGGUCGCCGAUUUAUCACCUCUAGCGAGACGACACGGCUGGACUGGCUGCUCGAAGCGCCUGGGCCGCAGGAGCCUCGACCGGACGAGGCCCGUCGUGUUCGGGGCGCUGUCGCCCUCGGCGGAAGCCCUCUUCUCGCAUCACGUUGUCGGUGACACGAUUAUAUUGCCGGGCGUCGGGUACGUCGAGAUGGCGUUCGCCGCCAGCUCCAGUCGAGCGCUCACGCCGCGCGUUCCUGAGGCCGUGCGUGCUGCCCGAGCCUGGUCGAGGCGAGAAGUGCGUGCUGCGAUGUACGCGGCGUAGUGGCGCAUUGGAGAUUGCGAGCGCGAGAGGCACUGAUUCAUCUAGCUUUGCCCGACCGCCGGGACACUCGCGCAUAAUAUUAUUGAGAGUGGCGGUCACGCAGAGACAGUAAUAGGUCGGAGCUUCAAAGCCCGUAAGGAAUGGUCCAUCAAAGCACAGUCUUCACGACGCAAUUCGGCGGUGCUGCAAGCUACUUUUGGCCCCAGACCCUAUUGCUCGAAUUGUCAUCGCGAUCGGGCGGCACCGCGUGGACGUUCGGCGCCAGGAAAUUCCUAUGCAGUGCCAGCAGGCAAUUAAGCCGCAGCACAAGUCUGGCAAAUGUAUCUGACUACCGCAACGUCUUGUGUCAAGCGCGACAGCAAUUGUGCAAAUCUCUGCGCGGUACAAUACUACCGAGGUCGCGCCUGCUUGCGUCUCGCGCACAGAACAACAAGUGGAUUUAUUCUUGCAAUACCAGCGGUCUUAGACUUGCACAAGUAGAGGCCUCCAGCUUCCGAGAAAUGCUCCUGGUUACGGUCGGACCGUCCAAGCCCCUGUCUGCUGGAAGAGUCCCGCAGCCUACACCGAGCAAACUGCAGAGCAACCUAAGGCUCAAGGAGCCAGCCGCAGCCAAGGGCGGCGCUCGCUCGCAAAAGGCCCUGCUAGAGGAACUCACCGCCAUGGCCGCCGAGGUCACCGGCACAACUAUUUCCGCCGAUGCGCCCCUUAUGUCUGCUGGGCUCGACUCCAUCGGCGCCACAGAGCUCUCAAACAAAAUAAGUGCUCAUCUUAACACGGAGCUUUCCCCGACCCUGCUCUUCGAUCACCCGUCGCUGCGGUCCAUCGCCGACGCUCUGUCGGUUGACCACGAGACAGAGGGAGUAUUGGAGCUCGAGUUUGAGACUACGGCGCAAGAGCCAAGAGAUUCGGUGCAACGACCACAACAGAGCGCCAAGGCGCAAAGCACGCCGGCCAUCGUCGAGGCCAUCUCGAGCACGCUCUCGGAUAUUCUUGGGACGACUGUCGCCACAGACGCGCCGCUCAUGUCCGUGGGACUGGAUUCGAUCUCGGCGACGGAGUUCACGAACGCGCUCGCCGAGAAAUUCGACACGGAACUGCCGCAAACGCUCAUGUUCGACCAACCGACGAUCGAUGCGAUGGCUGGGUUCAUCGCGGAGACCACUGAAGCGCCGGUAGCUGCAGCGACCGUCGAGCGAGAGCAAAUGCCAACGACAACAAUGGCGACGGCCGUGGCAACGUCUGGACGGGAUGCCCGGACCGAGUCUUCCUCGCGUCACGACAGAUCAGCUUCACGUUGCCGGGCGGCUGCAAUGAUCCUACUGCAUUGAAGGAGCUCGGCUUGCGAGCGUGGACGGCCAACUCUCACUGGCCCGUCUCUCGCCUGGCGGCGAAUGAGCUGCAAGGAACUUCUGCGGCGUACGGCGCUUUCUUAGCACCUGAUGCAUUCAAAGCGGAUCCUGUGUUCUUCGGAAUUUCCAGGACGGAGGCGCGGGCCAUGGACCCGAUGGCGAUGCUGGUCCUCGAGACGACCUACGGCGCGCUCAGCGACUCGAGCUCCAAUUCUCGCGCCAAGCUGGCCAACGCGCCCAUCGGCUUCUUCCUUGGAGCUGGCGGGUCGACGUUUAGUAAGGGUUUAGAAACCGCAUCGGGAAACGCCACGAAGGCCCCUUCGGUGUACUCGGCGACCUCCGGCGCGCUGUCCGUGCUGUCGGGCCGCCUUUCGUACACGCUGGGCCUGACGGGCCCGUGCCAGACGACCGACACGGCCUGCUCGUCGUCGCUGGUUGCCGCGCACCAGGCGGUCUCGGCCCUGAAGCUCGGCGAGAGCCCGGCGGCGGCGGUCGCGGGCGUCGGCGUGCUGACGGUGUCGGUGUCGGUGGCGUUCUCGGCGGCGGGCAUGCUCUCGGCGCUCGGUCGGUGCCACACGUUCGACCGGCGCGCCGACGGGUACUGUAGGGGCGAAGGCUGCGGGGCGUUCUACUUCUCGACCGAAGCCGACGACGUCGCGGUGUCCGGGACGGCGGUGCAGCAGGACGGGCCGAGCGCGAGCCUCACGGCGCCGAACGGCACGUCGCAGCAGCGGCUCAUCGAAGCGGUCAAGGCUGGAAGUGGACCAUCGCUGGAGGCUCACGGCACGGGCACGGCGCUCGGGGACCCAAUCGAGGUAUGUGCUUACUUCUUAUUUCUCUGAUAAUUUUUGCGUCAUUGUAGGUGGGCGCUGCGACGCGGGCGUUGUGCAAGUCGACAGAACAUGGUGCCGCAGUGAUCCAGUGCACGUCGCUGAAGUCGAACGUGGGCCACCUGGAGCCGGCGGCAGCGGCAGCGGGCCUGGCGUCGCUUGUUGUGGGGCCGCUGAUGGAUUCGGUUGUUGCUGUUAACGCGCAAUUGCGCGGGUACGUCUCCUGUGUUUUUUACAUAGUUGUCGCUCACAUUCCCAUGUAGGCUGAACGCGCACCUGUCGUCGAUCGUGUCGUCGAAGCCGUUCCAGAUGCCUGUUGACGUAGCUCCACGUACCACAGCUCUCAGCGGUUCGCGACUGAGCUCGUUUGGAUUUAGUGGAACCAUCGCCCACGGCGCGUUCGAAGCUCGGAAGACAAUAGUAUCAAUGAGCAAUGAUUCGAAGUCGCUCUACCGUGGUCGCCGAUUUAUCACCUCUAGCGAGACGACACGGCUGGACUGGCUGCUCGAAGCGCCUGGGCCGCAGGAGCCUCGACCGGACGAGGCCGUCGUGUUCUCGGGGGCGCUGUCGCCCUCGGCGGAAGCCCUCUUCUCGCAUCACGUUGUCGGUGACACGAUUAUAUUGCCGGGCGUCGGGUACGUCGAGAUGGCGUUCGCCGCCAGCUCCAGUCGAGCGCUCACAGCCGUCGCGUUCCUGAGGCCGUGCGUGCUGCCCGAGCCUGGUCGAGGCGAGAAGUGCGUGCUGCGAUGUACGCGGCGUAGUGGCGCAUUGGAGAUUGCGAGCGCGAGAGGCACUGAUUCAUCUAGCUUUGCCACGUGUUUCGCCGGGACACUCGCGCAUAAUAUUAUUGAGAGUGGCGGUCACGCAGAGACAGUAAUAGGUCGGAGCUUCAAAGCCCGUAAGGAAUGGUCCAUCAAAGCACAGUCUUCACGACGCAAUUCGGCGGUGCUGCAAGCUACUUUUGGCCCCAGACCUCGAUUGCUCGAAUUGUCAUCGCGCAUCGGCGGCACCGCGUGGACGUUCGGCGCCAGGAAAUUCCUAUGCAGUGCCAGCAGGCAAUUAAGCCGCAGCACAAGUCUGGCAAAUGCUGUAUCUGACUACCGCAACGUCUUGUGUCAAGCGCGACAGCAAUUGUGCAAAUCUCUGCGCGGUACAAUACUACCGAGGUCGCGCCUGCUUGCGUCUCGCGCACAGAACAACAAGUGGAUUUAUUCUUGCAAUACCAGCGGUCUUAGACUUGCACAAGUAGAGGCCUCCAGCUUCCGAGAAAUGCUCCUGGUUACGGUCGGACCGUCCAAGCCCCUGUCUGCUGGAAGAGUCCCGCAGCCUACACCGAGCAAACUGCAGAGCAACCUAAGGCUCAAGGAGCCAGCCGCAGCCAAGGGCGGCGCUCGCUCGCAAAAGGCCCUGCUAGAGGAACUCACCGCCAUGGCCGCCGAGGUCACCGGCACAACUAUUUCCGCCGAUGCGCCCCUUAUGUCUGCUGGGCUCGACUCCAUCGGCGCCACAGAGCUCUCAAACAAAAUAAGUGCUCAUCUUAACACGGAGCUUUCCCCGACCCUGCUCUUCGAUCACCCGUCGCUGCGGUCCAUCGCCGACGCUCUGUCGGUUGACCACGAGACAGAGGGAGUAUUGGAGCUCGAGUUUGAGACUACGGCGCAAGAGCCAAGAGAUUCGGUGCAACGACCACAACAGAGCGCCAAGGCGCAAAGCACGCCGGCCAUCGUCGAGGCCAUCUCGAGCACGCUCUCGGAUAUUCUUGGGACGACUGUCGCCACAGACGCGCCGCUCAUGUCCGUGGGACUGGAUUCGAUCUCGGCGACGGAGUUCACGAACGCGCUCGCCGAGAAAUUCGACACGGAACUGCCGCAAACGCUCAUGUUCGACCAACCGACGAUCGAUGCGAUGGCUGGGUUCAUCGCGGAGACCACUGAAGCGCCGGUAGCUGCAGCGACCGUCGAGCGAGAGCAAAUGCCAACGACAACAAUGGCGACGGCCGUGGCAACGUCUGGACGGGAUGCCCCGGACCGAGUCUUCCUCGCGUCACGACAGAUCAGCUUCACGUUGCCGGGCGGCUGCAAUGAUCCUACUGCAUUGAAGGAGCUCGGCUUGCGAGCGUGGACGGCCAACUCUCACUGGCCCGUCUCUCGCCUGGCGGCGAAUGAGCUGCAAGGAACUUCUGCGGCGUACGGCGCUUUCUUAGCACCUGAUGCAUUCAAAGCGGAUCCUGUGUUCUUCGGAAUUUCCAGGACGGAGGCGCGGGCCAUGGACCCGAUGGCGAUGCUGGUCCUCGAGACGACCUACGGCGCGCUCAGCGACUCGAGCUCAACCCCGCGCCAAGCUGGCCAACGCGCCCAUCGGCUUCUUCCUUGGAGCUGGCGGGUCGACGUUUAGUAAGGGUUUAGAAACCGCAUCGGGAAACGCCACGAAGGCCCCUUCGGUGUACUCGGCGACCUCCGGCGCGCUGUCCGUGCUGUCGGGCCGCCUUUCGUACACGCUGGGCCUGACGGGCCCGUGCCAGACGACCGACACGGCCUGCUCGUCGUCGCUGGUUGCCGCGCACCAGGCGGUCUCGGCCCUGAAGCUCGGCGAGAGCCCGGCGGCGGCGGUCGCGGGCGUCGGCGUGCUGACGGUGUCGGUGUCGGUGGCGUUCUCGGCGGCGGGCAUGCUCUCGGCGCUCGGUCGGUGCCACACGUUCGACCGGCGCGCCGACGGGUACUGUAGGGGCGAAGGCUGCGGGGCGUUCUACUUCUCGACCGAAGCCGACGACGUCGCGGUGUCCGGGACGGCGGUGCAGCAGGACGGGCCGAGCGCGAGCCUCACGGCGCCGAACGGCACGUCGCAGCAGCGGCUCAUCGAAGCGGUCAAGGCUGGAAGUGGACCAUCGCUGGAGGCUCACGGCACGGGCACGGCGCUCGGGGACCCAAUCGAGGUAUGUGCUUACUUCUUAUUUCUCUGAUAAUUUUUGCGUCAUUGUAGGUGGGCGCUGCGACGCGGGCGUUGUGCAAGUCGACAGAACAUGGUGCCGCAGUGAUCCAGUGCACGUCGCUGAAGUCGAACGUGGGCCACCUGGAGCCGGCGGCAGCGGCAGCGGGCCUGGCGUCGCUUGUUGUGGGGCCGCUGAUGGAUUCGGUUGUUGCUGUUAACGCGCAAUUGCGCGGGUACGUCUCCUGUGUUUUUUACAUAGUUGUCGCUCACAUUCUUAUGUAGGCUGAACGCGCACCUGUCGUCUAUCGUGUCGUCGAAGCCGUUCCAGAUGCCUGUUGACGUAGCUCCACGUACCACAGCUCUCAGCGGUUCGCGACUGAGCUCGUUUGGAUUUAGUGGAACCAUCGCCCACGGCGCGUUCGAAGCUCGGAAGACAAUAGUAUCAAUGAGCAAUGAUUCGAAGUCGCUCUACCGUGGUCGCCGAUUUAUCACCUCUAGCGAGACGACACGGCUGGACUGGCUGCUCGAAGCGCCUGGGCCGCAGGAGCCUCGACCGGACGAGGCCGUCGUGUUCUCGGGGGCGCUGUCGCCCUCGGCGGAAGCCCUCUUCUCGCAUCACGUUGUCGGUGACACGAUUAUAUUGCCGGGCGUCGGGUACGUCGAGAUGGCGUUCGCCGCCAGCUCCAGUCGAGCGCUCACAGCCGUCGCGUUCCUGAGGCCGUGCGUGCUGCCCGAGCCUGGUCGAGGCGAGAAGUGCGUGCUGCGAUGUACGCGGCGUAGUGGCGCAUUGGAGAUUGCGAGCGCGAGAGGCACUGAUUCAUCUAGCUUUGCCACGUGUUUCGCCGGGACACUCGCGCAUAAUAUUAUUGAGAGUGGCGGUCACGCAGAGACAGUAAUAGGUCGGAGCUUCAAAGCCCGUAAGGAAUGGUCCAUCAAAGCACAGUCUUCACGACGCAAUUCGGCGGUGCUGCAAGCUACUUUUGGCCCCAGGCCUCGAUUGCUCGAAUUGUCAUCGCGCAUCGGCGGCACCGCGUGGACGUUCGGCGCCAGGAAAUUCCUAUGCAGUGCCAGCAGGCAAUUAAGCCGCAGCACAAGUCUGGCAAAUGCUGUAUCUGACUACCGCAACGUCUUGUGUCAAGCGCGACAGCAAUUGUGCAAAUCUCUGCGCGGUACAAUACUACCGAGGUCGCGCCUGCUUGCGUCUCGCGCACAGAACAACAAGUGGAUUUAUUCUUGCAAUACCAGCGGUCUUAGACUUGCACAAGUAGAGGCCUCCAGCUUCCGAGAAAUGCUCCUGGUUACGGUCGGACCGUCCAAGCCCCUGUCUGCUGGAAGAGUCCCGCAGCCUACACCGAGCAAACUGCAGAGCAACCUAAGGCUCAAGGAGCCAGCCGCAGCCAAGGGCGGCGCUCGCUCGCAAAAGGCCCUGCUAGAGGAACUCACCGCCAUGGCCGCCGAGGUCACCGGCACAACUAUUUCCGCCGAUGCGCCCCUUAUGUCUGCUGGGCUCGACUCCAUCGGCGCCACAGAGCUCUCAAACAAAAUAAGUGCUCAUCUUAACACGGAGCUUUCCCCGACCCUGCUCUUCGAUCACCCGUCGCUGCGGUCCAUCGCCGACGCUCUGUCGGUUGACCACGAGACAGAGGGAGUAUUGGAGCUCGAGUUUGAGACUACGGCGCAAGAGCCAAGAGAUUCGGUGCAACGACCACAACAGAGCGCCAAGGCGCAAAGCACGCCGGCCAUCGUCGAGGCCAUCUCGAGCACGCUCUCGGAUAUUCUUGGGACGACUGUCGCCACAGACGCGCCGCUCAUGUCCGUGGGACUGGAUUCGAUCUCGGCGACGGAGUUCACGAACGCGCUCGCCGAGAAAUUCGACACGGAACUGCCGCAAACGCUCAUGUUCGACCAACCGACGAUCGAUGCGAUGGCUGGGUUCAUCGCGGAGACCACUGAAGCGCCGGUAGCUGCAGCGACCGUCGAGCGAGAGCAAAUGCCAACGACAACAAUGGCGACGGCCGUGGCAACGUCUGGACGGGAUGCCCCGGACCGAGUCUUCCUCGCGUCACGACAGAUCAGCUUCACGUUGCCGGGCGGCUGCAAUGAUCCUACUGCAUUGAAGGAGCUCGGCUUGCGAGCGUGGACGGCCAACUCUCACUGGCCCGUCUCUCGCCUGGCGGCGAAUGAGCUGCAAGGAACUUCUGCGGCGUACGGCGCUUUCUUAGCACCUGAUGCAUUCAAAGCGGAUCCUGUGUUCUUCGGAAUUUCCAGGACGGAGGCGCGGGCCAUGGACCCGAUGGCGAUGCUGGUCCUCGAGACGACCUACGGCGCGCUCAGCGACUCGAGCUCCAAUUCUCGCGCCAAGCUGGCCAACGCGCCCAUCGGCUUCUUCCUUGGAGCUGGCGGGUCGACGUUUAGUAAGGGUUUAGAAACCGCAUCGGGAAACGCCACGAAGGCCCCUUCGGUGUACUCGGCGACCUCCGGCGCGCUGUCCGUGCUGUCGGGCCGCCUUUCGUACACUCUGGGCCUGACGGGCCCGUGCCAGACGACCGACACGGCCUGCUCGUCGUCGCUGGUUGCCGCGCACCAGGCGGUCUCGGCCCUGAAGCUCGGCGAGAGCCCGGCGGCGGCGGUCGCGGGCGUCGGCGUGCUGACGGUGUCGGUGUCGGUGGCGUUCUCGGCGGCGGGCAUGCUCUCGGCGCUCGGUCGGUGCCACACGUUCGACCGGCGCGCCGACGGGUACUGUAGGGGCGAAGGCUGCGGGGCGUUCUACUUCUCGACCGAAGCCGACGACGUCGCGGUGUCCGGGACGGCGGUGCAGCAGGACGGGCCGAGCGCGAGCCUCACGGCGCCGAACGGCACGUCGCAGCAGCGGCUGAUCGAAGCGGUAAAGGCUGGAAACGGACCAUCGCUGGAGGCGCACGGCACGGGCACUGCGCUCGGGGACCCGAUCGAGGUGCGUGCUUCCUUCUUUACUUUUCUCUCAUAAAUUCUGUGUCAUUGUAGGUGGGAGCCGCGACGAGAGCGUUGUGCAAGUCGACAGACCAUGGUAGUGUAGCAAUCCAGUGCACGUCCCUGAAGUCGAACGUGGGCCACUUGGAGCCGGCGGCCGCAGCCGCAGGCCUGGCCUCGCUGGUGGUAGGGCCGCUGAUGGCCUCGGUCGUUGCUGUGAAUGCGCAGUUGCGCGGGUACGUCUCCUGUGUUUUUUACAUAGUUCUCGCUCACAUUCCCAUGUAGGCUGAACGCGCACCUGUCGUCGAUCGUGUCGUCGAAGCCGUUCCAAAUGCCCGUUGACGUGGUCUCACGCACGAUAGCAUCAAACGGCUCGCGACUGAGCUCGUUUGGGUUCAGUGGCACUAUUGCGCACGGGACGUUUGAUUCAUCACUCGGGCAUGCGCAAGCAGCACAUCACGAAACAAACAAAACAGCCUCGCUGUGUCGCCGGAAGUUUCAUUCUUCAACAAUAAUCAAGCCAGUGUAGCAAAGUGGGCCCCUUUGGUCUUACAUCCAGAAUCAACAUGAUACUCCAGCCGCAGAAUCCAGAACUGGUGCAUUAGCCGUGGUGCGACUUGCAGUACAAGAGACUCUGGGCUUCGAGGUUGAUGUGAAUGCUCCGCUGAUGUCUGUUGGAGUUGAUUCGCUGCAGGCGACUGACCUGACAACUUUACUAACAGCUCGCCUUGGUACAGAAUUGGAACCGACCGUGCUAUUUGACCACCCGACAAUUGACUAGUUAGCGAAAUUUGUAGCUAGCUAAUAUUCCGUAGAUGACAGAACUACUAAUGAGGCUCCCAAAAGUCUCUGGGAUCUGUACUCACAACUGAGGGAAAAGAAAUCUGAAAUGUUUGUACCGUCAGGUGCAAAGUCUGCGAAACGAGCUGCUGUUUUGUUCGCUUUCCCUGGCUCUGGCUCUAAACACCUUAUAUCGUGCCUCGGUGCUCACCAGCAUUUGUGCGUUUGCGAAGACCUCUGUCUCAUGCCAUUCAAAACCGUAGUCGAGCGGAACGAGGUCCUAUCUUCCAGGAAAGACAACCUCCAAGAUGGGUUGGUUGACACCGUUACGACUCUGCGUAAUUGCAGGAUGCCCGAUAUAUGUCACCUCUUUGGUACGGUGGCAAGCACAUAUCGUGCACUACAAGAAUGGUGUGCCCCUCGAAUUUUAGUCGACGGAACAGAAGCCUACUCUGCCGUGCCCCAACGGUCUUUGACCGAAGCGAAAAAUGUCUUCCUAGACCCAGACAUCGUGCACUUGCUUCGAGAUCCGAGAGGAUGCUUGGGUGAUGAGCAACAAUCAGGUGAUAUCGCAGAGCUCGAGAAAAGGUGGCUCAAAUUUACAAAAUACAUGCUGCAACUCGACAGGACAGGUGUGUCUGAAAUCAGAUAUGAGGACCUAGAGGGGGCUCUACGUGAGAUUUCGUUGCGCCUUCUAAUUCCUAAUCUUGACUUGGUCAUUCAUGUUUCCAAGCAUUCAAGGGAAUAAAUAUACGAAGGACCACUCCAAAGCGACACUCAAUCGAUCGCAUGGGGCCUUGGAUAUCAACUCUCAUUGAAAAACAAUGGGACUAGUCCUACUAUUCUUAUCUAACAAGAUGCUAUACGCAACGUCGCCAUUUGGUUGCAAAAAGGGGACAUUAGUAAACCCACACUGGUAGUUCUCCAUGCUCUAUUUGGCAUGCAAGUGGGUUCUCCUUAUCUGCCUUGUUUUCCAGACGAUAUGCCGGUGGUGGCACUUCAGGCCCCUGAACUAAUUGAACACACUGUCAUUGGUAGCAUUCGUGAGCGUGCCAUAUAUUACCGCAACAUCCUGAUUUCUCUGUUAGAUGGACGCAAGCCAAUCGUUCAUAUUUUCGGGUUGUCCUUUGGGGGACCUUUGGCCUUUGAACUAGCUAUUUCUCUACAACAUAGUCCGCUGAACUGCGGAUCCCUAUGUUUGUCCGACCCCCCUCCCUUUUGCCUGCCCUCUAAGUCCACAACAAGCACGUUGACAAUGAGAGCUCGAUUCUACGAUUUCUGCUUCGCAGUUGCAAUUUCCAAACAGACAAACUUUCAAGGUGGGGUCUAGGUUAAGGACAUAAAAUGCCCGGCUGAUCUUGAAAGACUCGUCUUUUCGGCAGCUCCUGAAUCUCUUGCAAGGGAAUUUUCGCAGAUAGUUGACUUCAUGCUGAAGGCUGGAAGCGAACUCCAAACACUAGAUUGCUCUGCAAAUCGCGAGAAGUACACAGGCCCAUGUGCCUUCCUGAAGACAGGGGAAGGCGUUUAGUAUUUUAAGGAGAGAGGAUUUGUGGAAAGUACGGAAGACCCAGAUGGGCUUUAUGGAUGGAGUCGCGCCCUUUGCAGCCCUCCAUUAAAAGUGGUCAGCCUUGCCUGUGGUCACAAUUACAUGACAACUCAUGCAGAUUCAGUUGCCAAGAUAGCGUCGACUAUUCUCAUGCUGUAUCAAAUUGUCUCAGACGACUAAGUUCUAGGUUCUUCUGGCGGCCCGGCUCCAUUACGUCCCCAUUCAUCUCACUGCAGUGCGCUCGUGAACAGUGCUGCCACGAGCCUUAAGCACUUGUCGCGACGUGCUUCCUCGCUGGCGGUAGUAGUACCGCAAGAGGACAGCUUGUGUGGAGAUGGACCAGGGCCACUGGGAGACAAUGAUUUAUAUCAGAUCGCCCAACUUCCUUUCAAUUUGCAUGGUAUAGAAGUCAGUCUACAGAACCGGCAGCAAGUGGUCAACGCGACCAUUCAAGGCGACGUAAAAGCCUUAUAGUUAAUUAUUAAUGUGGACAAAGAAGCCAAGAAUCCUGACUCCGAAGACGGACUGUGCGCGAUUGAAAGUAUGGCAAAGAAUUUUAUAUUUCACGCGCGAAAUUCCAGUCUAUUCCUCUCGCAAAUAAAUGACAGGAAGUACGUUGAAUUUUCGGAGCUUCCCUGGUAGUGGGAAAUAUUGGAGCCAAGCUCUCAAGCGCCUCGCAAAAUAUUGACAAUGAAGAAUGAACCACAUGGUGACCUGCUUCACGAUGAAACAUUCCUAAAUAUAUGGAAUGAAUUCUUCGCCGAGGUGCCGCCGGUCGACGCGCCACUCCUAACCACCGGACUGAAUUCCGCGCAAUUGCCAAUGCUCGCUAGUCGACUUAGCCGAGCGUUCUCGGUCAAUGUAUCGAGUAUGUUCCUACUGGAGCACCCGACAAUUCGCCAAAUAGGAAACGCGUUGGAAGAUCUACUCUCAGAUUCGCCCAAGGAAUAUGAUACUCUGACUACUUCGGUCAAAACGCGGAUGGAGUCUCAAAAGAAUGUAUCUCUGGGAAAUAUCGUAUUUCACGCGCCUGGUUCGAUGCGGACACCGGCCAGUUUUCGGUUCUCGGUAGAACGCGGCUUGAAUUUUGGCUCGCGCGUGCCGCUGAAUCGAUGGGACGUGUCGAAUACAACUCGCGCCUCGGCGACGUACGGAAACUUUGCCGAGGAUAUACUCACUCUCCCGCACGGCGAUUGGAAGAUGUCCAAGUCUGAACUACGAAAUGUGAAUCCGGUACAACUGCUCUUGCUCGAGGCAUCACAUUCUAUGUUUGCUGGACGUCACAAAGCUGACAAAAACGUGGGCAUAUUCGUUGGACUCUUCACGAGCUUGCUGACGCCCGGUAGUUCUACCGCCGCCCCGUCGCGGGAACCGCUCGGCAUCUACGAAGGCACCGCCAACUCUACGUCGAUAGCUUCUGGCCGUAUCUCGUACGUGCUGGGCUUUACGGGUCCGUGUCUCCCUGUCGAUACAGCAUGUUCCGCGUCGCUAGUGGCGACUCAUUUGGCCGCGACCUCACUGCGGCAAAACGAGUGCAGCAGCGCGGGCGUCGUGGCGGGCGGCAUUCUCGAAACAGGCUUGCACGCCGCAUUUAGCACAGCUGGUAUGCUCUCCGAAACUGGACGAUGUCAUUCCUUCGAUGGUCGUGCGGAUGGAUAUUCCCGCGGCGAGGGUUGCGUGGGCUUCGUGUGCGAUACGUCUGAAGACGGCCCAUCGUUAAGAGGCAGUGCUGUCAAGCAAGACGGACCAAGCGCGAGUCUGACAGCACCGAAUGGUGCCUCUCAGCGGAUGCUCCUUCAGAGAGUUUCUGAAAGCAUAGGAGCCGGGCACGACGUAGUAGCUCUCGAAGCUCACGGCACUGGCACAACGCUCGGAGACCCGGUCGAAAUUGGCGCAGCGAGUGCCGCACUUCGUGGCUCAACAGUCGCGUGCACGUCGAUCAAAGGGAACAUUGGGCAUCUCGAGGCGGCCGCCGCAGUCAUCGGUUUGAAUUCGUUGCUCUUAUUUCCUCUGUCUUCUACGUUGAAUGCUCCUCUCUGCACCUUACGAAGUAUCAACUCGCAUCUCAAGUCCUUGAAUUUGAACGCGUUUUACUUUUCGACCGGUCUGGCAAACUUAUAGACCUCGGCAAAGAGUCCAGCUUGUGGACGGUUGAGUUCGUUUGGUUACAGCGGAACUAUUGCGCACGGGGCGUUCGAAGCUUGCAGGUCGGAGUGUAAGACUUUCACUCUAUCGACCAAGUCGCUCUACCGCAACCGACACAUGGCUUCUCAAGCUGAAGUGCCAACGCGGCUUAAUUGGCUCGCAGAAAAACCGAAUAAUU